CCCGACUCUCCACUCCGGACACCCAGGGGCCGGGGCCAUCGGCAAGGCAUGGGUUCGGUGGAGGAGAUCAGCGAGGCGGUCGGGCACGCCUUCUGGGACACGCAGCCAGUGCCGUCGCUGAAUGCAGAGGAGGAGGACGCCUGCGGCCCCAUCAACCCGGCAGACCCGGAGAAGGUGCGUGCGGAGCCGUACAACCUGCCGCCCGCCUUCGAGUGGACGGACCUCGACCUGUCCGACGCGGAGCAGGCCAAGGAGCUCUACACGCUACUGCACGAAAACUACGUCGAGGAUGGCGACGCCAUGUUCCGCUUUGACUACUCGCUCGACUUUAUCCGCUGGGCGAUGCAGCCGCCCGGCGCGCUCGACUACUGGCAUGUGGGCGUGCGGGUGUCGCAGACGAAGAAGCUGGUCGCCUUCAUCGGCGCCACCCCGGCCGACCUCCUCUGCCACGGCCAGCGGGUCGAGCCGCGCCCUCCGCCGGCCGCCGACAAGGCGGAGGAGGGCGAGGGCGGCGCCGGCGCGAGCGGCGUCAACAUUGAGGAGAAGCUGUCGGGCCUCGACCUGGACGGCGGCGCAACGGGCUCGGCUGCGAGCAGCGGCGGCGGCGCGGCCGAGCUCGGCGACCAGGCGGUGGUCGAGGUGAACUUCCUCUGCGUGCACAAGAAGCUGCGCUCGAAGCGGCUCGCUCCGGUGCUCAUCCGAGAGGUCACCCGCCGCGUCAACGAGAAGGGCAUCUUCCAGGCGACCUACACGGCCGGGGUGGUGCUGCCGCGGCCGGUCGCGCGCUGCCGCUACUGGCACCGCUCGCUCAACCCAAAGAAGCUCAUCGAAGUCGGCUUCUCCCGCCUCGCCCCGCGCAUGACAAUGGUGCGCACGCUCAAGCUCUACGCGCUCCCCGACCAGCCGGUCACCAAGGGCGUGCGAGCCCUCAAGGAGGAGGACGUCCCCUCCUGCUGCGCCAAGCUCAACGCCUACUUGCGGCGGUACAAGCUGACGCCGCAGCUCUCCGAGGCGGAGUUCUCGCACUGGCUCGUGCCUCGCAAGGGCGUCAUCUACACCUACGUCGUCGAGGAGGCCGGCGAGGAUGGCGAGAAGGAGGUGACGGACAUGUUCUCCUUCUACUCGCUCCCCUCGUCGGUGCUCAAGCACGAGAAGCACACCAAGCUGCACGCGGCCUACUGCUACUACUACUUCGCGAACAAGACGCCGGUCCAGCAGCUGAUCAGCGACGCGCUCGUCCUCGCGAAGAGGCACGAGUUUGACGUCUUCAACGCGCUCGACAUCCUCGACAACGACAGCCUGCUCAAGGAGCUCAAGUUCGGCAUCGGAGAUGGGCACCUGCAGUACUACCUGUACAACUGGAGGUGCCCCACGGUCGUGGCCAACGAGAUUGGCCUCGUCCUCCUCUGAGGCUCCUACCGCGUGCACACGCCGCACGGAGUAGCGGCCGCUUCUCCACACCCGCCGUGGCGCCCGCCCUGCGUCCCGGCUGCGUGCGAUCGGCGUUUGCGUCUUUUGCGACCCGCGCCCUGAGGCAACGGGGCGCUCGCUCGACCCCUGGUGGCGGCAGGAGCAGUUUAAGCUCCUGGAUGUGCGGUCCAUCGUCAGCCUGUCGUCAGCGUUCUCUGCAACACGAUCUCUCUGGGGCGAUACGGCUGCGACGCGGGAGUCGGGGACACUCACAACUCAGACUGGCCUCACAGUAGCGCUUUUCUGUUUUGGUCAGACCGCUCUGUUCCCGUAUGAAAGAUGUUUUUAAUCACGAUAAUGCACAGGACG